AUCUUCACCGGAGAAGGACGAGGAAUCCUGCGGGGAGAAGGACGAGGAAUCCCGGCCCCAGCUCAGCGUCUGUCGGUCUCUUACAUUUAUUGACUCCCGGGUGUCAUCGGCCCUCGGUCCGGCGCCUGGACUCCUUCCAUCCGGGGUGUCGUGUGCUGGUGCCGGUGUGGAGCCGCUGGAUCCAGGCUGUGACCGGGACGUUUCUUCACGUUGUCCCGCUUCCCCGAGCGGGGAGCUCCGCUGAUCACCCCGACGCUGGAGCCCUCCUCCCCGCUCCGCAGGGUUGCACCGCUGUCUCCGGGCGCUUGAGCUCUGAUCUCGGGGCGGUGGACGUCUCUUCACCGCGAGAACACGGCGCUGAGCGGGUCUGAGGCGGCGCUCGGCGGAGCUCAGCUCCAUGUUGGAGGCGGGAGGCGGCCGGACACACGCAGACCGAGGAGCCGGUCCAGCCGCGGGGACACGUUCUGUCUCUGGGUGAAUAACAGGAAACCAGCUCAGCCUUGUACGGACCGGUACAAGUAGCUUCUGAGACGGGGACAGCUCCGGGACACAUCGAGCAGGGCGACCCGCCUCUCGGACUGGAGGAGCUCCUACAAACCCGGGUCUCUGCAGCAGAACCGAGACCUGUGCGGUGCUUAGUCUUGAGUGCGGGCAGACAUGGCGGACUCAGGCCGGAUCGGACCGGCGGACCCCGAGGCCGCGGCCAGCCGCCCGGAGAGCCCGCUGGCCGUGAGGAGGAGGGGGCAACGGUCCCCGGGGCUCCGGGCCCGGCACCAGAGCUCCGCACCGGGGCACUGCUUCAGGAGGGUCACGCUCACCAAGCCCACGUUCUGCCACAGCUGCAGCGACUUCAUCUGGGGCAUCGUGGGCUUCCUGUGUGAAGUGUGUAACUUCAUGUGUCAUGAGAAAUGUCUGAAGACGCUGAGAUCGGUUUGUUCCUGCGUGGCUGCGUGUGCAGUCCGGGUGCCAGUGGCUCACUGCUUCGGUCCGGCAGGUCAGAAGAAACGUUUCUGCUGCGUCUGCAGGAAACACACGGAGGGAAACACGGCGCUGCGCUGCGAAGUGUGUGAGCUGCAUGUCCACGCUGACUGUGCCACGUUCAGCUGUGCCGACUGUCGCCGCUGUCACCUGGACGGGACCCUGGAGCAGGAUACGGUUCCCCACCACUGGAGGGAGGGUAACCUGGCGUCAGCGGCGAGGUGUGAGGUGUGCCGGCGCUCCUGCGGCUCGUCCGACGUCCUGGCGGGGAUGAGGUGUGAGUGGUGCGGCAUCACGAGCCAUGCGGCGUGUUACCUCAGCGUGCCACCAGGGUGCACUGUGGGGCGUCUGCACGGCAUGCUGCUGCAUCCGGCCUGCGUCCAGCUCGACUCCAGAAACUUCAGCAAGAUGCACUGCUACCGAAUCACAGAGAGCUGCAGCCCCGAGCUGGAUAACUCAGAUGACGUGGAUCCGCCUGCCGUGGCGUCUAAAGACCUUCAGCCGGCCGCUGCCGAGUCAGGUAAGCAGUUUCUCAAGGUGUUUGACGGGGAUGAUGCAGUCAAACGGAGUUACUUCCGACUCGUCUCCAUUUUUCGAGCCACAAGGAACGAGGAAGUUGUGGAGGCGGCACUGAGGGCCUUCUACCUCCCAGAUGACCCUCAGGACUUCGAGCUGCACGAGGUCGGCGGUCUGCAGCGGCUCCACAGCGACGACGUCCUGAACCGUAAUGGCGGUCCCGACAACCGGAGCUCUCUGAAGGACGGAGGCGACGCCUGGCUGCUGAGGGCCAAGCCCCGAGCAGCUGAGGUCAUCCAGGUGUACGCCGGCUGGCCCAGGUCGGGUGCAGCUUUCGUAAGUGUCUCCGUCUCUAAGGACGCCACGGCAGCUUCAGUCCUCACUGAGGUCCUCAGUCAGCUGGACAGACAGGAGGAGGACGAGUCCAGCUUCAGUCUUCUGGAGGUCUUCAUGAGCAGCAAGCAAGUGCAGACACAGACGCUGACGCCUCAGGAGAAGAUCCUGGACAAACUGCAGGAGAUCAGGAAGUUGUCCCUGCGACAGAUGAACCAGACUCGGUUCUACGUCGUGGCGAACAGGAAGCGGGCGGUGCAGGUCAACCUGCUGAUUGGAGGACUGCCCCCCCUGCUGGCCAGAGAGGAGUAUACCCAGCUGAUCCAGGAACAGCUGACCAUCAAGAGUCACCUGGUCACCGUCACCCACAUCUACCCCAGUCAAGGUGCGGUGGUGCUGCAGGUCUCGUGUUUCUCUGAAGCAGAGCGGAUCUACAUGUUGGCUAAAGACACGUCCGUCAGCAACAAGACGCUGACGUCCCUUGUCGUCCCUCAGAUCCUGCCCAGCAGACUGGCUGCAGACGUCUGCCCCCUGCUGGUGUUCGUCAACCCGAGGAGCGGGGGCCUGAAAGGCCGCGAGCUCCUCUACAGCUUCAGGAAGCUCCUGAACCCUCAUCAGGUCUUUGACAUGUCCACAGGAGGACUGCUGGCUGGUCUCCACACCUUCAGGGAGGUUCCCAGGUUCCGGGUGCUGGUCUGUGGGGGGGACGGGACGCUGGGCUGGGUGCUGGGAGUCCUGGAGGCCGUCCGACACAAACUGGUCUGUCGAGAGCCGCCCAUCGGCAUCGUGCCUCUGGGAACAGGUAAUGACUUGGCUCGUAUCCUGCGUUGGGGGCCGGGCUACAGCAGCGAGGACCCCCACCACAUCCUGGUCUCUGUGGACGAAGCAGACGAGGUGCUGAUGGACCGGUGGACCAUCCUGCUGGACGCUCAGGACAUGUCUGAGGACGGACAAGGCAACGGCUUCCUUGAGCCGCCCAAGAUCGUACAGAUGAACAACUACUUCGGUUUGGGCAUCGACGCAGAGCUCAGCCUGGACUUCCACACGGCCCGAGAGGACGAGCCUGAUAAGUUCACCAGCAGGUUCCAUAACAAAGGCGUGUAUGUGAAGGUCGGUCUUCAGAAGAUCAUUUACACCAGGAGUCUCCACAACGAGCUGCAGCUGCAGGUGGACUCUCAGAACGUCCCACUGCCCAACAUAGAGGGACUGAUCUUCCUCAACAUCCCCAGUUGGGGUUCAGGCGCUGACCUUUGGGGGACAGAGGUCGACGGUCGCUAUGGGAGGCCGAGCAUCGAUGACGGCCUGCUGGAGGUGGUGGGGGUCACGGGGGUCGUCCACAUGGGCCAGGUGCAGAGUGGCCUCCGAUCUGGGAUCCGUAUUGCUCAAGGGAACUACAUCAGGCUGACGGUCAGUAAGCCCAUCCCGGUGCAGGUGGAUGGAGAACCCUGGAUCCAGCCGCCGGGUCACAUCAUCAUCUCUGCCGCUGGACCAAAGGUCCGGAUGCUGAGGAAGUCCAGACAGAAGCAGAAGAAGUCUUCAGCUGGAGCGAAGGACGCUCGCUCAGAGAGUCCGUCCUCCAGGGACGCUGGACACUCGUAAAGAGCAAUGAGCAGCUCCAGGUUCUUCUCAGACAUCAUGAACCAACCGAAUCAAACCUCCAGAGGAUGGGAGGUUUGGAAGAAGCUGCCAACACGUUGUGAUUUAUUCUUCUCGUGUGAAAUCCCAUAAUCGCCCAAAGUGGAUGUUGUGGUGAAGCUGAUGAGCUCCGUCUCCGUCUCUGAAGCCACGUUGACCAAUGAGCUGAGACUGGACCAGUUCAACUGGAGACGAAACCCUGAACUGGUCCCAGUGGAACAGAAGCUAGUUCUUCUUCAUGCUGCAGCUGUUACCGGGUCAUUCACAACAUAUAUUAUAUUAUAGGUAUAUAUAUUUAAUAUAACAUUUCGUUUAGUAUCAUCAUCUCAAGGGAAAUCAACUACACAUGACCAUAUCAUUCUAUGAUGCAUUUAAAGUAACUGGAGUGUGAAGAGACCAUGUGUUAAUAAACAACGUUAAUAAGUUAGCAUGUGGCUAAGUUAUCAUAUCUAAAGCUACCAAGUUAGCAUCCUUAGCUUUUUUAAUUGAAUAAAUAAAUUAUGAAUAAAUUGUAAUGACAUGAUUUGUUAUAGGCUUGUUACCAUAGAAACCAUGCUGCAGGUUAACAAGGCCUUUUCAGUCGAUGCUAACGCUAACGGUUAGCUGCUUUCACACGGGUUAACGUGAAGAGACCAUGUGAACGUCUCCCUCUAGUGGCGUUAACGUGAAGAGACCAUGUGAACGUCUCCCUCUAGUGGCGUUAACGUGAAGAGACCAUGUGAACGUCUCCCUCUAGUGGUGUUAACGUGAAGAGACAUUGUGAACGUCUCCCUCUAGUGGUGUUAACGUGAAGAGACCAUGUGAACGUCUCCCUCUAGUGGCGUUAACGUGAAGAGACAUUGUGAACGUCUCCCUCUAGUGGUGUUAACGUGAACGUCUCCCUCUAGUGGUGUUAACGUGAAGAGACCAUGUGAACGUCUCCCUCCAGUGGUGUUAACGUGAAGAGACCAUGUGAACGUCUCCCUCUAGUGGCGUUAACGUGAAGAGACCAUGUGAACGUCUCCCUCCAGUGGUGUUAACGUGAACGUCUCCCUCUAGUGGUGUUAACGUGAAGAGACCAUGUGAACGUCUCCCUCUAGUGGCGUUAACGUGAAGAGACCAUGUGAACGUCUCCCUCUAGUGGCGUUAACGUGAAGAGACCAUGUGAACGUCUCCCUCCAGUGGUGUUAACGUGAACGUCUCCCUCUAGUGGUGUUAACGUGAAGAGACCAUGUGAACGUCUCCCUCUAGUGGUGUUAAUGUGAAGAGACCAUGUGAACGUCUCCCUCUAGUGGUGUUAACGUGAACGUCUCCCUCUAGUGGUGUUAACGUGAAGAGACCAUGUGAACGUCUCCCUCUAGUGGUGUUAACGUGAAGAGACCAUGUGAACGUCUCCCUCUAGUGGUGUUAAUGUGAAGAGACCAUGUGAACGUCUCCCUCUAGUGGUGUUAACGUGAAGAGACCAUGUGAACGUCUCCCUCUAGUGGCGUUAACGUGAAGAGACCAUGUGAACGUCUCCCUCCAGUGGUGUUAACGUGAACGUCUCCCUCUAGUGGUGUUAACGUGAAGAGACCAUGUGAACGUCUCCCUCUAGUGAUGUUAACGUGAAGAGACAUUGUGAACGUCUCCCUCUAGUGGUGUUAACGUGAAGAGACCAUGUGAACGUCUCCCUCUAGUGAUGUUAACGUGAAGAGACAUUGUGAACGUCUCCCUCUAGUGGUGUUAACGUGAAGAGACAUUGUGAACGUCUCCCUCUAGUGGUGUUAACGUGAAGAGACCAUGUGAAUGACUCCCUCUAGUGGUGUUAACGUGAAGAGACCAUGUGAACGUCUCCCUCUAGUGGCGUUAACGUGAACACCUGGAGAAUUAUGGUCAAUCUAUCAAAUUAGUGACAUUCGCAGCAGAUAAAAACUUUCUAGAAAACUAGAUGAAUCUAACUUUACGAGUUAAAGGAUCUAGUUCUUACUUCAGAGCCAAAUCAACUUUGUAAAGUAAAUAAAUAGAAACUACGAGAGCUAGCGAUGGAACAUGUCCAGUUGCCAAGCAACACACGUGAAUUUAGUCCUCUGUAAAUAUUCACUCUAAAAACAUAAAUACAUAAUAAAUAUAAAUAAAUAUAUUUAAUGAAGCCUCUGGUGGAAUUUACCAUAUUUCAAUUUGAGGCGAAAACUUUAUUUUCAAUCAUUUUGCUGCCAAAACUGAAUGAACAAAUAUUUGUUUAUAUUUUCCCGAUUUGGUGCAAAAUACUUUGAGUGAAACGUCAGCUUUUGUAGAUUUGGACGUUGAACGAUGACUCAGCGGUUUGUCCACCGACUUCGUCCACAUUCCCAGAGACUCGCUCGUUACCGGCGAUGAGCACGUCUGCUCGUUAUGAGGCCACAACAGUAUUUCUGCUGUAGUUGUAAUAUUUACAUUUCUAAAUUCCAGUUCUGCAUUAACCGAUUCAUUUUGAUGUUUUUCUAUGAUUUGUUAAAGUUGUGUUUGAUCGAGGAUUCUGUUUUAUUCAAAGUCUCAAACCAACGUUCUGCAUCGUUUUCUUAAUGAAGGAAGUUCACGUCUGAAUUAUGUAAAUCCAGACGACUAUGGUGUGUGUGUGUGUGUGUGUGUGUGUGUACUUGUACAGCUAUGUUUGUGAGGACCAGUUUGAGUCUACAACCCACAAAGUGAGGACACUAAGAUGGUUAGGGUCAGGGGCUAGGGAAUACAUUAUGCCAACAAGUGUCCUCACUGAGAUAGCUGUACGUGUGUGUAGAACUGUACAGAUCUGACAGUGUGGUAUUACUGUGGUAUUACUGUGGUAUUACUGUACUUCUGCCUCCAUAUGUCAUGUUCAAAACUUUGUUUUUCCUAAUCUCCAGUUUUUACUUUGUAACUUUCAAUGUAAUUCUAUAAAAUAAUCAACUUUCACAGACUUGAAACUUAAUGUAGAGAAUGAAUCCGUCACAUUCUCAAGUUCAUGACACCAGUGAAUUUUCAAUGUUUAAUUUUUGAUUAAUCAACUAAUGACUUUGCGUCUUGGAGACACAAGGAAAUGUCCAUGUCCAGUAGCAGCUGGUAGGGGUCUGCAGGGGCCAGUGGGGGUCAGUAGGGGUCAGUGGGGGUCAGUAGGUUCCAGUAGGUUCCAGUAGGGGUGAGUUGGCCCCAGGACAGUGUCGCGACCCCUUAGAUGAAUUCAAACUAAAGUUUCUGAUCCAGAAGAAUCUCAAUUAAAAUACUUGAAAGCUUUUUAUUUGUGUUUAAAUACUCUGCGUCAAUCACCUGGAAUUCCUUCUACGUGUUAAACGUUUUGUUUUCUUGUUGACUGUCACGUCUUUCUCACUGAUGCUCAAUUGUGCUCACGUUUAGUUAAAUGUUGAAAUGUGCUUUAACGUGCUUUCUCUGCAUCUCGGAGUCCGUUGUGCCUCGUGGCGUCUGACUGUCGUGUCGAUGUUGCGCCCCCUGGUGGUGGUGUGUUAGCAGUAGUGCCUCAUUGACACCCUCAGUGCUCUGGCAUGUGGUCGUGUGUGCUGAGCUGACGAGCCUCAUGAUUUCUGCUGUAGCUGCGUUCAGUUUUGACCUGAAGUUUUAUUGAAGAGAUGAUAUUUAUAUUUUUGCAGGUUUUUUUUGUUUCCACUGUAAAGUUUUAACUGUAAAUUGCACUAAUUAUUUUACAGAUGCUCUUAGAUGUGUCGUCCAGGUUAUUAUUAAUGUUGUAAUAACUAAAGCUAAAUAUUUAGAACUAUAUAUGUUUAAAUAACGAUUCUUAUCUGUUUAAUUACAAUAA